UGUAAAUAUGAGAUUAGAGGAAUAAAUUAAAGAUGUUAACCCUAAGAUGGGAAAUGCAAGAUGCAGAUGGAGAAUGUGAUUAGGAUCGGAGAAAAAGAAAGAAUCAAUGGGUCCCUAUUGUCCAUGCUUCGGGAUCGGGAGCAAGAAAAGGGAGAUCAACUUGAAAACCAACACUAAUUACGUCCCUAUUGAACCAACUAGGGACCCUCCUAAUCCUAUCAACUCUCAUCUUCCUCCAGAUAAUCCCAUCACACUGCUGGAGCCCAGACAGCAACUACUGAUAUCAAAAGAUGAUUCUCCUCCGAGAAGCAACCUUCCAACUUUUUCUUACCGGGAUCUUGCAACCGCCACAAACAAUUUCAGGCGAGAAUCCAUUAUCGGGGAAGGUGGCUUUGGGCCAGUAUUCAAAGGGCAACUUACAACUAGUCAGGUUGUGGCUGUUAAGAAGCUAAAUCAUUCAGGUCUUCAAGGGGAUAAGGAGUUCUUUGUCGAGGUUCACAUGCUCUCACUGAUGCGCCACCCUAACCUGGUUAAUCUAAUUGGUUACUGCACUGAAGGAGAGCAGCGUCUUCUUAUCUAUGAAUUCAUGCCUCUAGGAUCUUUGGCAUAUCAUCUCCAUGAUAUUACGCCUGACAUGAAGCCAUUGGAUUGGGAUACCAGGAUGGUAAUAGCAUCUGGUGCUGCCAAAGGCCUGGAUUACCUUCACAACCAAGCUGAUCGUCCUGUUAUCUACAGGGACCUUAAGUCGGCAAACAUAUUAUUGGGUGAGGGUUUCCAUGCUAAACUUUCUGACUUUGGUCUUGCAAAGUUUGGCCCAAUUGCAGACAAUACACAUGUUUCAACUCGGGUAAUGGGCACUCAUGGGUAUUGCGCACCUGAGUAUGCUGGAACCGGAAAACUGACUAUGAAAUCAGACAUUUAUAGUUUUGGUGUGCUCUUGUUGGAGCUAAUUACUGGAUGUAGAGCAAUGGAUGACUCUCAUGAACAUGGAAAAGAAAUGCUUGUUGACUGGGCACGUCCUAUGUUGAAAGACCGCAUGAACUAUGUACAAUUAGCGGAUCCAAUGUUAAGAGGCAAGUUUCCACAAUCUGUCUUCCGCAGGGUAGUAGAACUGGCCUUAAUGUGUGUUCAGGAUGAUCCCCAUGCUCGACCUCACACGAAAGACAUUGUGCUUGCUUUGAGUUACUUUGCAUCCCAAAAGCAUGAUUCACAUGCAGGUCAGUCAAAUCAGAUUGGAUCUCAGGGAGACGGGAGGACAUCCCCUGUUGAAGAACUAACGAAUGGAAGCUCUGUUGAUUUUAAUGGAGCUCAGAUCGAUGUAACAGAUAUAAGAGCUUUGAACAAGGAUCAAGAGCGGGAGCGAGCUGUUGCAGAGGCCAAGAAGUGGGGCGAGACCUGGAGAGAGAAAGGGAAACAGAAUGCGGAUGAUGAUUUAGAUUAUAAAUCAAGGUGGUGAUUGCAAGUUAGUUUCCUUGUCAGAGAACUUCGGGUUUGUAUUCUGAGAUUAUCAUAAACACUACCAGGGCAGCAGCAGCAGGAACAUUUACUCUCAUGCGAGUAUCUGUGGCAGCAGAGCUAGCAUUUUUAUUAAGAGGUUUAUGCACAAAGGACACAUAGUAUGUAUAUAAAAAAGAAAUUCUUUUAUCAUCUACAGAGUGUAAUUUUUCAGCAAAGUGACACCCCCUGGAUACAUUUGGGAUGUAUUUGUAUGCUUGACAUAAUAAAUUCAAUAGAGAUUGAUUGACGACA